ACCAAAGAGAAUAGGAUUACUACCAAAGAGACAAAAAUCACUAAGUUUUAAUUGCAAUAAUAACAAAACAGUAAGUCAAAAACAUAAUAAUAAUCAGUGCACUAUAAUUUUAUUGUAAAUGGUAGAAUGAUGAGUAUGAAAAAACAGACGAUGCAUCAUCCUUGGGAAAGAACCAUAAAACAUGUUUAUAAUGACUAUAAACAUUGUCAUAAUACCGUUAAUAAUCCUAACUAUUCAACGAAAAAAGUAUGUACCCCAGAUAAAAAUCGAGUCAAGAUUACAAUUAUCGGAAAUAGAGUCGUAAAGGAGUUCAUAAGUUGCGUACAUUUAGUAAAAACAUUGCAUAAAUACCGCCCAAAAAACUUCGACGCUCCUUCAAUAAGAGAAAUAACAACGGUAGAGUGGCCAAAAGUUUGGAAUGAUUUAAAAUUACAAUACGGUGGUCUCGCAUAUUGCUUGGAAAAUCAAGUCGCCGUUAUUCUUAACGACAAAUUUCUUGGCGGUGACAAAGAACUCAAAGAAAUCAUACACUCAAGAUAUCAUUGUCAUUUUCAUUUGGACUACUAUAAAGAAGGCAUAAACAAUUUUGCCAAUUUCAUAAGAUCUUCUGGGAGACCAUGUGCGUACAUGCAUAUUUUAAUAGAUAAUGAAUAUGCAGGUACUUUAAUUUUCAUGCUUUACGCAGACAUAGUUCCAUAUACAUCAGAAAAUUUCCUUCGUCUUUGCCGAGACAAAAAAGGUGGAUAUUCAGGAACUCCUGUACAUAGAAUUGUUAAAGAUGGUUGGAUUCAAUGUGGUGGAUUUGGUCUAAAAAAUACAGAAUUGGAUUGUGAAAAUUUUAUCAUUCCUCACGAUAGGCGUGGCGUACUAUGUAUGGCUAACGAUGGAAGACAUGUGGAUUGUUCCACACAAUUCUUCGUUUUACUGCAACCUGCAUCAUGGAUGGCUCAUAAAUAUGUUGCGUUCGGACAAUUAAUUGAUGGAGAAUCAACCUUAAAAGCAAUUGAAUCCGUACCAACAUUUUACGAAUCUCCGAAAUAUAACAUAAGAAUACAGAAAGCUGGUAUAUUAAACUUGGAAUGUCAAGACAUAAAAAUAAAUAAAAAUACCAAUGAAUAUUUGCAAGGACAUAUUGAAGAUCUAGUUGCUUUAGGAGAUUUACUUUAUGAGGAUCUUAUGAAGAGAGUACUUCUCGACAUAGAAUUAAAACGUAUCGCCUUAGAAGAAAUGGAAAAUGGAGAAGCCGAAGAAAUUAACGUCGGAGAACAUAUUACAAGAAAUAUUCGCGCAACUGAAAGGUUCAUUCGUAAAAAAGAAGAUUUAGAGCAAUUACAGAAGAGCCAAAUCCAUAACAGUAGAGCAUCAUCCGCUAUAAGUGAAGCACAUGCUAAUAACGAUUUUGACGUCGAAAUUUACAAUUACGAACCAGAGGAAUUAUCGUACAAGCAUGUAUCGUUAGCGGAAACUGUUAGUUCGGUGGUGAAACCAAUGAAACCAUUUUAUUUACCUCUCACUGAUGUGCCUUAUCCUGGAGAAGUCGACUCAACAUAUGACUUGAAAAAGUUUUUAAGGGGCGACUAUUGUCUUGAAAGUGAUUUACAAAACAAUCCACCAAUAAAAAAUAUUGGAAAUAAUAUAUCUUAUAUAUCCGAAAUUUAUAAAUUCGACGAGGAUUCCGAAAUAUCAUCAAUGGAAUCAAUCUGUUCAGAAGAUGAGCAGGAAAUAAGAAGAUAUUUAAAGCUCAAUGUCGAUCGAGUGAGUUUUGGUGGUGGCGUUAUAAAAAGUAUUGCAAGAGGUAUCGGUAAAUACAAUAUCUUCGAAGACACGAGAAAGUCCGAGUUGAUUACUGAUGAAGAGCUGAGACGUUUUAGAUUAGCUUCUAUGGAUCGCCGUUCAAGAGAAAGUCAUGAUAAAAAGGUAUCUAUUAGCUUACCGUCGAACAAAGCUUAUAAAGAACCGAUCAAGAUCAAAAGACGUCAGACAGGUUUUGUUAGACCUGAAGAUUUAGAAAGAAUAUAUUUAAUACAUAAAGCCGCUUCACACGAUGUAGUCGAUUCAGAGGACGAAGGGUCGAUGACAGGAUCUCGAAAAGUCCGGAUCGUCGAAUCUGCUAUUGGCACACAAACUGGGUCUAAACGAAAGCAGACUGGUGCAGCGAGACUGUCCGAUCUCACGGAAUCUGAUGUAGAUGUUCGUAGAAAAUCGGCUCUCACGCGCUUGUAUGAUAACUUGACAUUUGACAACGGUGCCGGACCUACACUGAAAGAGUACAAACCCACAGAUAGAGGAUCAAAUAAGAAGUUUAUCCUCAUACAGUCGCCCAUGACUCGUAUGAAAAACGGCGAUUCAACGAAAAAUAAUCAUUUUCGGACAUCUAUAACAAUAGACGAUAGUUCUUUUGAGCAAGUCCUUAAAUUCCAACACGAUCGUAGGACCGCUCGGAAGAUUUCAUCCGAUUAUGUAAAAACCAUAGACCAGAUAGAGCACCGGGGCGAAAGUUCUAUUAGAAGUGUCGAAUUCGCUAAAACGCGCCCCUCCCUGACGGUUUCUCAAUAUCAACGAAAAAAUAUUAAACAUCAACAAGAAACAGAGAACGCUGCAUUAAGCAAGAAAAAGUCGUUCCUAAGAAAUUCGGGUUCUAAGCAUUCCUUACAUGGCUUGCGCUUGCCGGGGGAUACUCCAUUAUAUUCAAUGACAGAAGUGGAUGAUAAUCAAAAAUAAUUAACCACUCGUGUAUUUUUUUUUUCAUAUUCAGAUAUUUAUUUUAUCUUUUAACCUUUUAAAUUUUUUGAAACAUUUUUAAUAAAUUAAUAUAAAACUUCAAA